AUGAGAGAGUUUUUUGCGUAUCAUGUACAAGAUCGUAGUAACCAGUUUUCAUUGAUUCUAAAUUCUCGACGGUUAUUCCAACAGUUCUUGGUUGAUGCUUAUACGAUGAUUGAGAGCGAGCGACUUAACUUUAUAAGAUUUCAGCAACAAGAUCUCAGGUCUGAUACAUAUGAGAAUAUCCGAAAACUAAGAUAUAACGGCCAACAAGAUUUGUCUAAGGUUGGAAAACGUAUUUUCCUUCCAUCUUCGUUUACAGGCGGGUCACGAUAUAUGAUGCAAAACUAUCUUGACGCUAUGGCCAUUUGUAAAUGGUAUGGUUAUCUCGACUUUUUUAUAACCAUUACCUGCAAUCCCAAGUGGCCGGAGGUUCAAAGGUUUCUUAAGGACACAAAUCUUAAUCCGGAGGAUAGGCCUGAUAUUUUAUCGCGAAUCUUUAAAGUAAAGCUGGAUGCAAUUUGUAAAGAUUUGAAAGACCGUGAUUUGUUUGGAAAAGCUUCAGCUGUUGUUUACACUAUUGAAUUUCAGAAGCGAGGAUUGCCUCAUGCGCAUAUGUGCUUAUUCAUGGAGAAUGAUCACAAACUUCCAACUGUAGACCAUGUUGAUCAGUUUAUUUUUGCAGAAAUCCCUGAUAUAAACCAAGACCCGGAACUAUAUACGCUUGUGAAAGACCAUAUGAUUCACGGUCCAUGUGGUAACGCUAGAAUGAGCUCUCCAUGUAUGGUUGAUAGAAAAUGUUCAAAAGGUUUUCCCAAGAAAUUUCAAGAUCACUCAACCUUGGAUUGUAUCGGAUUUCCCUUAUACAGAAGAAGAGAUGACGGUUCCUUCGUUUUAAAAAAUAGAAUUGAGUUAGACAACAGAAGUGUUGUACCUUACAACAAAAAGCUUUUGAAAAGAUAUCAGGCGCAUAUAAACGUUGGAUGGUGCAACCAAGCGGCGUCAAUAAAGUAUUUGUUCAAAUAUAUUAAUAAAGGUCCUGAUAGAGCAACAGUUGCUGUGGUUCCGAGCAAUAAUGAAAACGAGCAACCAGAAAAUGAUGAAAUUAAAGAGUAUUACGACUGUAGGAGUCCUUCUGUUAUGCGGUUGCCUUUCCAUCUUCCUGGACAACAAACAGUUUGUUUCGGUCCUGAUGAAGAUAUUAAUCAAGUGCUAAACAAACCAUCUGUGAACUCAUCAAUGUUUUUGUCUUGGAUGCAACGUAAUCAAGAUCCUAACGACCCUGUUGCACGUACACUAACAUAUGUACAGUUUCCACGUUUUUAUGUGUGGAAGCUUGACAAGCGUAUAUGGGUUCCGAGAAUAAAAGGAAAAACAAUUGGAAGAAUUCAUUCCGUUUCUCCGUCUACCGGUGAAGCGUACUAUUUAAGAAUUCUUCUUAACAAAGUUAAAGGACCAACAUCGUUUGAUGAUAUUAAAACAGUUAAUGGUCGAGUGUACGAUACUUUUAGAGAUGCUUGCUAUGCGCUUGGUUUGUUGGAUGACGACUCGGAGUACAUUAAGGCCAUCAAAGAAGCAAAUAUAUCAGGUAGCGCAGGUUAUAUUCGCAAUUUAUUCGCCACCAUGUUACUGUCAAGCACUUUAUCUAGACCCGAAGUAGUCUGGGAAAGCACAUGGAAGUAUAUGACAGAUGAUUUUCUGUACAGAUUCUCAAAGUAUCAUCGUGUUUCAGGUUUAUCAAUUCCUGAUGAGCAACUAAAGAACUAUGUUUUAUGCGAAAUCGAGAAGUUUUUAACUCGGAAUAAUUCAUCGCUUCGAAGAUUUGUAUCAAUGCCUUACCCGGAUACUUCAUCUUUAGAUAACUUUCGCUGCCGAUUGAUUAACGAAGAGCUUGCUUACGACAGAACAAAGUUAGAAAAUGUUUAUCAAGGCCAGUUGAUGGAUACAAUGGAGGAGUAUUUUUUUGUUUAUGGUUAUGGCGGGACUGGUAAAACAUUUUUAUGGAAAACAUUGUCUGCUGCAAUUAGGUCAAAAGGUGAGAUCGUAUUAAACGUUGCAUCUAGCGGAAUUGCAUCAUUGCUGUUGGAGGGAGGAAGAACGGCGCAUUCUAGGUUUCAUAUACCUUUGAAUCUUAAUGCGGAUUCCGUUUGUCAUAUUAAACCUGACGAUGAUGUAGCUAAAUUACUACAACAGACCAAACUCAUUAUAUGGGAUGAAGCUCCUAUGGUUCAUAAACAUGCAUUUGAGGCUUUGGAUAGAACUAUGCAUGACAUUUUCAAUAUAUCUAAUUCAUCCAGGUCUGAUGUUGUAUUUGGAGGAAAGGUAAUUGUAUUUGGUGGUGAUUUUAGGCAAAUAUUACCUGUUGUUCCAAACGGUGGACGACAAGAAAUUGUGAAUGCCUCAUUAUGUUCGUCUUAUCUGUGGAGUAAGUGUAAGUUGUUGACGUUAACUAGAAACAUGAGGUUAACUGUUGGAAGACCAUCAUCUGAAGUUGAAGAGAUCAGUAAUUUUGCAAAAUGGUUGUUGGACGUUCGUGAGGGAAAUGUUGGUGGUUCCAAUGAUGGAGAAGCAAUAAUUGAAAUACCACCUGAGCUUUUAAUUGACAGCAUAUCUGAUCCAAUUUCUAGCCUGAUUGAUUUUGUUUAUCCGUCAAUCUUGGAGAACUACAAUGAUCGUAAUUACUUUAGUACCAGAGCUAUACUUGCGCCUAAGAAUGAGGUUGUUCACGAGAUUAACGACAGAUUGUUGGCAGUUUUCCCAGGUGAAGAAAAAGAGUAUCUUAGUUCUGACAGUCUAUACCCUACUGAAGAUAGCAAUGUUGAUCAGCAAAAAAUAUACUCCCCCGACGUGCUCAAUGGUCUUAAAGUGUCUGGUUUACCAAAUCAUAGGUUAGUGCUUAAAGUUGGUGUUCCAGUAAUGUUGUUGCGAAAUAUUGACCAACGAAAUGGUUUGUGUAACGGUACAAGGUUAAAUGUCACAAAACUUUACAGCCGUGUUAUUGAAGCUGAGAUAAUUUCAGGUGGAAAUAUUGGUUCUCGGACAUUCAUACCUAGAAUGAAUUUGGUACCUUCGGACAGAAAGAUUCCUUUUGCAUUUCAAAGGAGGCAAUUUCCAAUAACGGUAUGUUUUGCGAUGACGAUUAACAAAAGCCAGGGCCAGUCGCUAUCUAAGGUUGGUUUGUACUUAAGACAACCAGUUUUCACACAUGGUCAAUUGUACGUAGCUUUAUCCAGGGUUACAAGACGAGAUGGAAUCAAGUUACUAAUACUUGACAAUGAAGGCAGGCCUACAAAUAAAACAAUGAAUGUUGUAUAUAAAGAGAUAUUCAAUGGAUUGUGA